AUGUCCGGGGAGAAUGAAGGAGGUCCAUCCUCGACCAUCAGGAAGAAACGGCUGCGCCACCACCGCUCAAAGAGAAAGUCAGACACCGAUGCGACGGAGGUGGAGGUAGCAGAAGACGAUGGUGGCAACACGCAGCUGCUGGAGGGGAAUGUCGAAUACGAGACAGAGGUGCAGUCCUCCGAUACUCCAACAGCGGCGACGAAGCACAACGGUGAUGAGGCUUCCGAAAGGCGACCCAAGAAACGCCGCGCAGAGGCACCACCGAGAGAGGAGGAGUAUGAAGAUGCCCAGGAGCAGCAAGGGAAGGGGAACGAAGCGCAGAUAAAGUCAAGCAAAAGUGAUGGUGCAGGCACCGGGAACGUGAAGAAGCGGGAGAAGAUCCCCUUUGUGUCUGACUAUAAGGCGCUGAAGCUGAACCCACACAUCAUUAGCGCCCUCGAGGGGGAUUUCAAGUUCGAGAAGCUGACGGGCAUUCAAGGCCGCUGCAUUCCUGUCGCCCUUGCCGGCCGCGAUCUGCUUGCUGAGGCGAAAACAGGCUCUGGUAAGACGCUCGCAUUUUUGAUUCCAAUUGUGGAGAUCAUUGCGAGGUCUGGGUUUAGGCCAAAGAACGGCACGGCUGCCGUCAUUAUUGGCCCGACGCGCGAGCUAUGCCUGCAGAUUGAGGGUGUGCUGCUUAAGCUGCUCAAGCACUUCAACGGAUCCAUCACAUUUCUUUGCUGCAUCGGUGGUCAGAGCCGCAACCAGGAGGCAUUCAAGCUCGUGAGUGGCACGAUGAUUGUGAUGGCGACGCCUGGCCGUCUGCUCGAUCACCUGAAACUCACCAGCGACUGGCUAACAAAGAACCUGCUUGCACUGGCCGUGGAUGAGGCGGAUCGCGUACUGGACAAUGGUUUCGAGGAGGACAUGCGUGAGAUUGUCUCGCUUCUGCCGAAGCAGCGGCAGACGUUUCUCUUCUCUGCAACGCAGACGACACGGGUGGAGCAACUCGCUCGCAUCUCCUUCUAUCGCCAGCCGCUCUUCAUUUCGAUGAAGCGGCGCGAGGACAAGGCGACGGUUGACACACUCGAACAGGGGUAUGUCAUGUGCCCGUCUGAGCAGCGGCUGCUUGUGUUGUACCACUUUGUCAAGCGUAAUAUGAAGAAGAAAAUGAUCGUCUUCUUCAGCAGCCGAAACGCCGUCAGCUUUCACUGUGAACUUUUUAACUACAUCGACAUCCCGUGUGUGGCGUUUCAUGGGAAACAAAAACAGCAUCAACGUUCUGCAACAUACGUGCAGUUCUGUAAUGCGCCCAGUGGUGUGCUGUUUACUACAGAUGUUGCCGCCCGUGGUCUUGACAUACCGCAGGUGGAUUGGAUCGUGCAGUUCGACCCACCCGAUGAUCCAGUGAAGUAUGUGCAUCGUGUAGGUCGUACAGCACGUGCUGGGCGCUGCGGUAAUGCCCUCAUGUUCUUGCUUCCACAGGAAAAACUCUUUCUAAAAUACCUUUACGAUGAUGCGCAUGUCACAGUCAAUGAAUACGUCUUUGACCUCAGCAAGGUGAAUGAUAAGGUGACCGAGCAGCUGGAGCAGCUCGUUAACGCCAACUACUACCUGCGCACCUCCGCCCGCCAGGCCUACGAGGGCUACCUCCUCAGCUACAGCAGCUCGCAGCUGAAGAAUGUGUUCAACAUCCACAAUCUGGAUUUGGCUGCUGUGGCGAAGGGAUUCGCGUUGAGUGAGCCGCCGCCGCUGAAGCUGGAUCUCUCGCAGUCCGCAGCACACAUGAGUAAAAAGUCACGCCAUGAGUUUCGACGCAUGAAGGAAUCGAAAGACACAAAGCGGCAGGCGGUAAAUGAGCAAACAUUGAAAAAGCGCCACACGAACAUUAGCGGCGAAUGGUAA